AUGAUGCUGGUUUCGGACUUCUUUAAAAAACCAUCCCAGGAUGAACGCCCUGACCCCGAUGGGCCGGCCUCUGCUGAAGCCCUUACCUACAUCCUGGCGACCGCCAGAGGCUCAGCAGAGGCCCGACCCAUCGCCAGCGCUAUCUAUUCAAGCGCUGAGGCUCCCCAAGGCAGAGCCAGCCCCUUCCUCCUCGGGGAUUCCGCCGCUCCCCUCCGGCUCUGUGGCCCUUCAAUCGCCACCACGCCCCCGCCCGAAGGCACGCCCUUGGGGAGAGAGACCGUCACCUAUUCCUCCCCAAGGGCCGUGCCUCGUGGUCAGAGGCCUCCGCCCGCUGCGCGAUCCUCCGGUGGGGACCCUCUGGAGGGCCCCCCCGCCCCGCCCCGCCCGCCCGCCCGCCUAUGUUUGCAGGAGCAGCCUCCCUAUCCUGGGUAUGGCUCCCACUACUGGAAUUCUCAGCCAAGGACUUGCUAUCAAAGUUCAUAUUCAGUUGGACCUGAGCUUCAAAGCCAGGGAAUUGACCCUUCCUACACAAAUGGUGUUUAUGGCACUCCAUACUCCUCUGCUCCUGGGACAGGGUCGCCAUAUCCCAAUCUCCCUCAAACAAACGCCUGCUAUUCCUCAGGGCAUCCUCAUGCCCCUUAUUCUACAGAAUCGUACAGAUAUCCGUCACCAGCUUCGAACUGGAAUUACCCCCCACCAGACUGUCCAACCGAGGGCUCCAUGGUGAGGAGGCAAGUACCAGGAUACUCUCCACCACAGACCCCAGGCUUUCCUGUCCCAUCCUAUCCCUAUGGGGACUGCAGCCGUGGCAUCCCUCCACAGGGGCCGCCACCACCCCAGCCAAGACUUCAGGACACAACUUGGCGACCUCCUGGAGUUUAUGGGAUGCCGCCUCCUUAUGGCUGGUCUCCUACACCAGGACCCAGGAAUCAAUACGUUGCAGAAUCCUCUCCACCUUGGCCUGUCAGUGGUCCAGCUGCUCCACAUCCUCCAGACAACAAUGCAAAGGAAUCCUCUUAUAGCCAGUUGGAACAAGGAGUUAACCAACACAGCUACUAUCCUGAAGCCAAUCACCUGCCUUCUGGGACCACGGAUGAAUACAAGCCAGGACAACUUGACACUAAACGAUCUGCUUCCAACUCCAAAGUGCAGUACAGUGCACAACCCCAACUGUAUGAUAAUGUACAUAGGAAGCAAUCAGUGAUGGUUGAUCAUGGACCAAGCUCUAAAAUUGAUGUGCAGCCUCCAUUAGAACACACAGAUGUGCAGCCAGAAAUUCAGAAAGUUAUGGAAGUUAUGGAGGGAGUUGAACAGUUGGAAGAAGAGGUAGAUGAAUUUGUGGGGAAAAAGAUGGACAAAGCUUAUCGGAUGCUGGAGGAAAUGCUGACCAAGAAGUUGUUGGAGCUGGACUCCAUAGAGACAGGAGGUCAGGACAAUGUGCGUCAGGCAAGAAAAGAGGCUGUUCACAGAAUCCAGGCCAUAUUGGAAGAACUGGAAAGAAAGGGGCUUUAAUUUGCUUUGCAACGUUCCUAAAACCAAGUUCUGGAAUGCCCAAAGAUCCCUGGCUUUGCUCAAUCCUCAGCCCUUUUGGCCAUCCAAAGCAAUAAAGUGGUGACUUGCGUUCUGAUUUUAAUACAACGCACAGUGAGCCGAAUAAAACACCAGACGCAAAUUCUUAGUGUUCUUUCCAAUGAAUGUAGGGGAAAGGUUGACACCAAGGACUCCUGACAGAUUAACGCAACUGUCAAAUCUUUGUAUGGUACAGAGAGAUUAGUUGCAACACAGCACCAGUAAAACCAAGACUUCAGUCUCCUAGGCCACCCAUCGUGUAUUAUUUACAGUUUUCUUGCUUCUUGUCAUAGAAAUUGUGUAGGGUUAUGUAUCUUUUUUUAUCUAUACAGUCUUAAGUGAAACCAUACUGAUGAACCAGUCAGUAGGGCAACCAAAGCCAGUACUGCUUUCAUGCCUUUCCCCUUGUAUCAUGAAGGUAUAAUCCAAUGCUUUUUAUGGGCCAGGCAGAAGGAACCUAGGAGAUGCUUGGGAAUGUUGUUGUAAGCGCUUUGGCCUAGGGACACUGGAGGACAAAUGCAUUUGUUAUGUCAUUUCAUGUGUUUUUAUAUUUCACUUUAAUCCGUGUAACUGGUGGUUCUGUACAAUGAGCUCUGCUAUCAGGAGUGGGACCGGCAAGGCUUCCACUGUGUGUACCUCCUAGCUCAUCACAAAGUUGUCCUUGUUCCAUAUGACAAAUCUUGAUGAGUUUUAAAAUAUGCACUUAUUACAAGAAGUUUUGAAAACAAUACUAUUGGUGUCAGAUCAUUAAAAUAAGUUGGAUGUGACUAAAA